UCGACAGUAGCGAAGGUUUUUACCUAACCUGCAGCGUUUCAGCCUUCCUGUGCUGUCAAAAUUCACUAGCCCUUGAGAAAAAAAAGAGAGUCGUCUUCGCAGUAAUGACACAGUGGAUGUACGUCGUAUUUGCAACUUUCUCCAUGUCACCCUGUUUCUUCAUCUAGCGGAAGGUGCAACCUACAAUUAUGGAGUUUUAAAAAAAAUUGUGCGAAUUUUGGGGGGAAAGGUGGCCUUUCCCCUCAAGUUUGAUGGUUGGACUGCUGGACAAGACAAUCGGAGGGUUGUCAAUCUUUGCCUUUCAUAAAUUAUUAAUAGAGUAUUAGAAGAAGAAACUAUUUUUGCUAACAUUGAAAUGUACACAUUUGUAUAAAAGAGUUUUUUGUAUUUAUUGAAUUCAUGGUGCCAUCGUAUGCGGCAAGCACUUUAGUUUGUGUUCAAAUCUUGGUUGACAUGGUGGAUUGAAACAAGCCGCAGAGAGGCUCUGGGGAUGCUAGGGUGCGGUGGAACCUUAACACAAGCACAAUUCUAGCACUUCAAACCAUCUCAACCUUUUUGUUGACGCAUUUUUUUUCUUUUUUCUUUUAUGUACCUUUUUCUCCUGGGAGAACAACACUGUUACAUUAACCGCUAUUGGUGUCAGUGAUUUGGAUUUGUUACAUCGCAUUGUUUUGUUUUUUUUUAAAGCUUUUUAUUUGCGAUAUUGGGUGGUGGGCAAUCAGAGGGAUAAUAAAGGGCGCACACAGAGUGUUUGGAGUAGGUCAGGAUGAGUCUAUCACUGCCAGACUGCACCCCCAAAUGCCGCUCGCAGCAGCACGCGGACCAGGUGGUGGCGGCACUGACGGGCGGCUCUGAGGGGCGUCUGCGGGCGUUCUUGACCUCACACUGCCACAAUGCGACGGCCUUGAGGGAUGCCUUUGGUCGCACCGCCCUGCACCUGGCAUCCUCGCUGGGCAAGAAGGCCCUGCUGGCUUGGCUGCUAGAGAGCAAGAACGCUGACCUGACGGUGAAGGAUAAGGAGUCCGGCUGGACCGCGGUGCAUCGCAGCGCUUUCUACGGACACAUCCACUGUCUCAUAUCACUAGUCAAGCAUGGAGGACUUCUCUCCACACAGGACAAGGAGGGUCUCUCUGUCCUGGACCUUACAAUGAAGGACAGACCAACACAUGUUGUGUUCAAAAACACCGACCCAACGGAAGUAUACACAUGGGGAAACAAUACCAACUUCAGUCUGGGUCAUGGUAAUCAGGAGAGCCGGCAGCACCCUGAGCUUGUGGAUGUGUUUGCCAGGACGGGGGUUUACAUCAAGCAGGUGGUCCUUUGCAAGUUCCACUCGGUGUUCCUGUCCCAGAAAGGCCAGGUCUUCACCUGUGGACAUGGACUAGGAGGACGACUUGGCCAUGGAGAUGAACAGACUUAUCUGGUUCCCCGGGUGGUGAAGGGUCUCAUGUCCCACCACUGCUCCCAGGUGGCGGCAGCUAAAGACCACACAGUGGUGCUGACGGAAGAAGGCUACGUUUACACUUUUGGCCUCAACACCUUCCACCAGCUCGGUUUGGUGCCGCCUCCUGCCUCUGCUCAUGUCCCUAAACAGGUGUCCUCCAAGGCGCUGAAAGGCAGGACGGUGAUCGGAGUUGCAGCAGGAAGGUUCCACACGGUGCUCUGGACCCGGGAGGCAGUCUACACAAUGGGACUCAACGGAGGCCAGCUGGGUUAUUUGCUGGAUCCUAACGGAGAGAAGUGCGUGACAGCCCCCCGGCAGGUGUCCGCUCUGCACCACAAGGAUGUCACCAUAGCGAUGGCAGCAGCUAGUGAUGGAGCAACGGUGGUCGUGACUGAGAAGGGCGAUGUCUACCUCUUGGCUGAGUACCAGUGCAAGAAAAUGGCUUCCAGGCAGCUGAACGUGAAGAAGGUGCUGGUCAGCGGCGGGUGUCUGGACCACCGUGUGGUGCCACAGAUCCUGAAUGAGGGAGGAGGGGAAAAACUGUCCGUCUUGGCAUUAGAUGAAGCUGGGAGAGUGUUUUGCUGGCGGUCCUUUUCCAGCUCGGUGAGACAGUGCCGGUGGGCGUAUGGGCGUCAGGUUUUCAUGUCGGACAUCGCUCUCAGCAAGAACGGCAUGAUGUUUGUGACUCAGGAGGGAGAGGGCUUCAGUGGCGUGUGGGCUGGAGAGUAUAGGAAGUACGAGGAGAAGAAAGAGCGCAGUGUGGAGGUUUGUGGACACACAGACGCCGGGACGAUGUAUGAGCGGAUUCGCCUGGAGAAACUCCCCUAUGUCCACAGAGCUGUCAGCAUCACCAUGGACUCUAAGGGCCGGAACUUUGGAGCGCUUCAGUCCGACCCCAAGACAAGUUUGUACGAGAUUCCCAGCAUUUCUCCGUCCUCCUUCUCCCAACACUUUCGGAGGCUUCUGGAUGAGGCGGACGAAACGGACAGCAUCCACGAUGUGACCCUGCAGGCCGGCAAUCGCACCUUUCCCGCCCAUAAGUACAUCCUGUCCAUGAGGUCCGAGUUCUUCCGCAAGCAGUUCAUGUCCGAGCGUGGACUUGACGAGGAGCUCGACGGAGAAGUGAGGAAGAGCGAGGAUGCUGUGGGCUGCGAUUUAAUCAUUUUGGAGAAGAUCCCACCAGACAUGCUGGAAUACGCACUGCACUUCAUCUACACCGACUCCUGCGAGCUGCUGGUGCACGGGGCCCGGCCGAGAGUCUCAGGGGCCUCUACGGGACCGAAUCAGAACUUUGAGCAGGAGAGGCUUAUCAGCAGCCUGCAGGACCUGAGCCUGACAGGCCGCUCAGCCCUGGAGGUGUACCGCUCCCUGUCCCCCGCAACCACAGGUGGUGACAAGGCCAAGAGCAGGUGCGCCAAGCCUGGCAAGAAGGGGAAAGGAGGAAAAGGAGACAAGGCCGGCGUUAACGAGGGAGCGGCCAACCCGGUGAAAACAUUGCAAGGGGUUGCGAAGCAGCUGGGCCUGGGAAGCCUGUCUGCACGGCUGGAUGGAGUGAAGUAUGAAAGUGGAAAAAUCUAUGUCACAAAGAAGAAAACUGGAAACAAGCCCAAGUUCUACCAGAAGAAAGGCUCGUAUCUUUGUGAUGUUACACUGAAAUCUGAAGAUGGAAAAGAGUUUCCGUGUCACAAGAGUGUCCUCUGUGCACGACUAGAAUACUUCAAUAGUAUGCUUGGGAACCCCUGGAUUGAGGCCACCUCCUGCUCUGCACUGGAGAUGGCUACCAGCUCCGAGGUUCUGCACGCCAUUCUAGAGUAUGUUUACACGGAUGAGUCCCACACCAUUAAAGAGUGUUCCAAUGUGGAGUUUGUCUGCAACGUGUUGGUUGUGGCCGACCAGCUGCUCAUCCCGCGCCUGAAGGAGAUGUGCGAGGUCGUCAUCACGGAGAACCUGACUCUGAAGAAUGGUGCAGAGCUGCUGGAGUUUGCCAGCGUGUACAACGCAGAGCAGCUUAAGCUCUCCUGUCUCCAGUUCAUAGUGGUCAACAUGGCCGCCCUGCUGGAAUCAAAAGCGCUGGAUAUUCUUAGUGAAGAAGUGCUCGGGGAGCUUUCUGCAGCCUACAGGAGGAUGAUCCCGGCCAUGCAGAGGAGGGUUAUCACUCCGUACCCCGACGCCCCAGACCUCAGUGUGUAUGAGGAUUUGAACUCGGCGUUCAGCCCCAAGUCAGACGAAGAACUGGAUCACUCUUGCAGGGAAAUCCUGUUUAAGAGGGCCAAGAUGAAGGCUAAAAAGAAACCACGGCGGCGCUCUGACAGCUCGGGUGGCUACACUCUCGCUGCUAUCAUUCAAAGUCCUCCUGCUACAGUGGUCUCCCCGUGCCUGGUGAAGUCUGGCAGAGCCAACUCGACAGAGUCUCUGCAGGAUAUGCUCACGUCUGACUCUGAGGGCAGCUACGUGGGGGCGGGCAGCCCCCGAGACAUCCAAUCACCGGUCCUCCUUGUCCGGGCCGAGGAAGAGAAGGUUUUCAGUCAAGGGCUAAAGACGGACUCCAUGAGGGGGCCCCUCCCUGCACCCCCCAACUCCGCUCCACGAGCCGUCCCCAAGGUCCCGCCCUGUGCUGCUCGUCCAUCCCCUGUCCUGGAUCUGAGGACCAUCAUGGACAUGGAGGCCAGCUCUCUGCAGACCCUCGGAGCAACUCCUAAAAGCCCCGCAAGUGUCAGCACCGGCGUUAAGCACGCCCCUGUUCCCACGAAGCUGUCCCAGAAGCAGAGGAAGAUGUUGGCCAUGGCCAACAAAGAAGGCGUUGGGGAGUCCGUUGCAUCCAAACCAACCCCUCCAGUCACCCCGCUGAAAAGCAGUGGGAAGGCCUGGGCAACAGCAGUCCAGUCCCCAACCUCCUCCUGCUCAUUUCGAGCGCUGCUGAAGGAGGAGGAGAACUGCAUGAUUAUGGCGGCAAAAACCGGAGCUCAGAGGGGCCAAAGUGCUCCGGUGGCGCCUGUUUCCGCCACCUGUGCAACCAGGAAGGUCACGUUCAAAUGCGCCGAGAGCAGCGAGCCAGAGCGACACACCGGGCCCUGGGUGCUGGGAGCAGUGGGCAGCCCUCCCCUCUCCUCCCUGGUGACCUUUGCUUCCAUUGUGGAGGAGGAGAAGGAGCAGGAAGCGGCGUUGAUCCGCAGCCGGGAGAAGCCGCUGGCGCUCAUCCAGAUUGAAGAGCGAGCCAUCCAAGACCUUUUGCUCCAUUAUAAAGCGCGAGACAACCCCGAGGAGCUGAUCGUGGUGGAGAGGUCUUCCAGGGGUCCCAUGGCAGCCCCAACCUGGAACAAACACUGAUGUGCAACAUGCAAACGCAAGAACGUCCUCUGCAGUCGUCCGUCCGGAGUUAUUUCUUCAGCUUCCCAAAACAUCACCACACCAGCGUGGGACUCAAACGUAUGCUCGUCGCUGCAGUGUUGAAGCUUUUACUUUAUUGCUGCUCCGCGUUUUUGUUUGUUUGUUUGUGUGUGUGUGUGAGUGAGUGAGAGAGAGAAAGAGAGAGAGAGAGAAACACACACGGAGAGAUCGACAGGGUUUUUAUUGAUUGAAUGUGGUACCUGGAAAAUAAUCUUUUGGCCUGGGAUUACGCAUGCAAUGCUAGUCCUUUUCUUGCGGGGGUGAUGGCUUUACUGGACAAAACCAUGAGUCAAAAGUCCUCAACUUUUCCAAAUGUAUUUGAAGAUAAAGUUGCCAAAGAAAUGGAGGUGGGUCCAAACGGCAUCACCUUGAGGGCUAGUGCGUGUUAAAUCCGUGGAAGCUCGCGUCAAAGGUGUCAAUAAGGAAAAGUGUGAAUUAUCAACUGUGGCAAAGCGUCGUUUGUAGUUGAGAUUUAGAGUGAGCUGUUUUACCAAGGCAGCAUGUUCACUUUCUAUUCACGGUGGGUUUGUUCCCCCCUCAACGUUGAUUGUUCUGGCUGAUUCAGCUUUGCAGUGCCAUGCUAAUCCUGCUAGACUAAAAUGUUCUUAUUCAAAAUCCAUUAUUUGAUGCCGUCCUACUAAAGAAGAUUGUCUAAAAACUGGCUUUCUAGUUCUCACCAGUGCGUUUUUGAGAAGUUUGUGUGCCUUCAUCACAUAAGGAAUUCAGUUGCAUCAGCAUAAAUACCCUUUAUCUCCAUUAUUUGCUCUCUUCUGUUGCCAUUUGUCUGUCUGAGACUUCACGUUGUGAAGAGAAAACGGCAUGCAAUAAAGUUCCUCAGCGGCAA